ACGUCUUUAAGGAUCCUGAGUAUGAAAACUUUACAGCAGCAGUAUCAAAGUGUGUGUGUGUGAGAGAGUGUGUGUGUGCUUCCCUCAGCUCACUAAAUGAAUGGAUCCUGCUCGCGUAUGGGCGAUUUUUCAAGAAUCAUCUAAUUCUGGAUUCAAUGCAUUUAUCACUCGGGAUCAGUGAUGACUUGGCUUCUGAUGUGGGUUCUACUAUUUGCUUGUGUACCACAGAUUCACAGAGCGUUUGCCCAGGAUUCCUCUAAGAUGCUGUCCAUACCAGAGCCCGUCGCCCCGGAGCCCUAUAAUCGCACCCAGCACUGCCAAUGGCCCUGCAAAUGUCCUAAAACUCCCCCCACCUGUCCACCAGGUGUGAGCUUGAUCAUGGACGGCUGCAGCUGCUGCAGAGCAUGUGCCAAACAGGUGGGGGAGGUUUGCAACGAGAAAGAAAACUGUGACCAUCAUCGUGGCCUUUACUGUGAUUACAGCGCAGACAAGCCUAGGUACGAAAAAGGAGUAUGUGCGUAUCUGCCAGGCACUGGCUGUGAGCACAAUGGUGUGAUCUAUCGCAAUGGCCAGAGCUUCCAGCCCAAUUGCAAAUACCAGUGUUUGUGUGUGAAUGGGGCGAUCGGAUGUGUUUCGCUGUGUAAUGAGUCUCAGCCUCCCAGGGUUUGGUGCCAGAACCCACGGCGAGUUAAAAUCCCCGGCCGCUGCUGUGAGCAGUGGAUCUGUGAUGAGUCCAGGAGGGGGCGCAAGACAGCACCAAGACACACAGUGGCUGCCCUGUCUAGUGUAAAGGACAACUGGCACAAGAACUGUGUGACCCAGACAACCUCCUGGAGUCCCUGCUCAAAGACCUGCGGCCGUGGAGUGUCUUUACGCAUUACUAACAACAACAAGCAGUGUCAGAUGGUCAAAGAGAGCAGACUCUGCAGCAUCCGGCCUUGCAAAGUGGACAUCACAAAACACAUCAAGCCUGGAAAGAAGUGCUUGAACAUCUACAGGGAAGGAAAGCCACAAAACUUCACUAUCUCAGGCUGCACCAGUACAAACACUUACUGGCCCAAGUACUGUGGAGUGUGUACAGAUGAACGCUGCUGCAUCCCUUACAAAUCUAAGACUGUUGAGGUCGACUUUCAGUGCCCGAACGGAUCCGGCUUCACCUGGCAGAUCAUGUGGAUUAACGCCUGCUUCUGCAACCUGAGCUGUAAAAACCCCAAUGACAUAUUUACAGAUCUAGAACUGUACCAUGAGAGAGGUGAGGUUGGAAACUGAGUGUACAAGACCUUGCAGAAAAGUCAAUAGAAAGAUUUGGGUGAACACCUUUUGUUUUCUUUUCUUGAGCAAGAGUUAAUAUUUAAUUGACCAUCAUCUUUGGAGGUUUUUUUUUUUUUUGUAUUAUACGAGACUCUUUUCCUUUUGGAAAAACUGAAAUGAACCAAUAUAUCCUAAUAUAUUCUAUUUUAAGGCUAUGUGGCCUAUUGCAACCAAACUGUUCAUAUAUGCGGAGUUAUUUCAACCAAGAUUAUCCCAGUUUUUGUCAUAUUGCGACAAAUCCUUUUGUAAAAAUGAUGUAAGUAUAGCUAUGUAAAAAGACAAUAUCAUGUUGACCUCUUUAGUUAAAAUCUUUAAUUUAUACAAAAUUUAUGUAAAGAAAUAUAUUGCUUUUAUGUAUUGAUAAUGUACAGUUUUUGUAAUUUCAUGCCUUU